UUCUGGACAUCACCACCACGUCUCUUAGGCAACAGGCAACUACAGCGUUGGAAGGAAAGUGCAGGAGACUCGGAGCCAGACUGCCAGCAACCUCCCCAGCAUAUGCUUGCAGCCUCUGAACCAGCCAAUCCUACCCAAAGAAGAGCUCAUCUUUCCAAUGUGGAAAAGGAGAAGAGAUGACAACGAGGAGGACAACCAAGAUGACCCUCAUUCAAAGAGGAAUAGGAAGGACCAGGCCUUCCAGGACCCUCACGCUAUAGAGUCGUCAAGCAGUGCUAAUGAAAGAAACCACAGCAGCAUCAAUAACCCAGUACGUGGAAGUGUACCAGAAAGCAGCUUAAACCAGAACAUUGCUGAACUUUACUCCAAUAUCCCCGAGUUCUCACACGAGGACUAUGCACUGUGCCAAGGCCAAGGUCCUUACUCCCACAUUAACCAGAUCUUGAAGGAGGCCCAUUUCUACAGCCUACAGCAGAGAGGACAAUCACCGACGUGAUGACCUGGGUGCUCCUCCUCCCUUCUUUAUAAAAAGCAAUGACAUUCACACAAAGCAGUCUUGGCUUUUGUCUGUAUUUUCAGUAAGAGUCAAUGGGCAUUUGUACUCUUUUGCUGUUUUGCUCCACCACUGUGAUUUCAGAGGGUCAUUCGUGACAGUUUGAUAUGUUUUCUGUCAAGUCUGGUGUCCAAUUCAUGUUCAAAUAGCAGCAUGAGGAUUUCUCCUGAUACUGAAUGGCUUGUUUGUCCCAUUCAGGUUGGGUUCCAAGUUACUUAUUUAGGGUCUCCAGGUUAAAUGUCCUUGUACAAUGUGACCCCUCCUUAUGAGAAGCUAAGUGACCCAUAAAAGAAUAUGUACUUCAUUAAAACAUGAAAGAACAAACAACAGCAGCAAAUAAGCCAACACCAAAGCGGUAAUGAGCAUCGAUUAGAGGGAGAGUGGGGCUUGUUCUCAUUCUGAAAUGAAUGGCAGGGCAGCUCCUCAGAAGGGAGAUUUUCUACCUAUAAUGGCGCAAAUGUCAGCCUCUGUAGUUGUGGACGUGAAGCCUGGGUCUGGUAACUGCACUCCACAUUCCGAGUGAGAAGGCUUCUUCCCUUAAUGCCCCCUUGUGUUCCCGUCAGACUUUGUGGAGAGCACUUGUAAUUCUGUCAGAGAUUAAGUGCAAAAUCUAGAUAUGAACUGCUUGUGUGUUGUUCCUUACUGUUCCAUCCAUGAUGUGUAAUGUUGAUAAAGUCUAAGCUACUGCACACAAUUUCUGACUAAAGAGCUGUUGGAAAGCUGGGUGGGAUGACUGUUCCUUGUAUAACAAGUCUUUCACGCGGAUGAGGGCAUCUCACACCGUCAAAAUCAGUGCAGUUGUUUGGGGCGGGGUGGGCCAGUGGAACAGUGCCUGCCCAGCCUGUGGCAGACCCCAGGAAUGGUAAAACCAUCAGCACAAUUAAUGCGGCUUAUGAUGAGUGAACUGAGGUGCCAUUACAAGAAACAGACAAUGGCACUUAC